AUGAUCGACUUCGAUACCGCCGGAACCCCAUGGGGAUGGCGGCGAAGCUUCGCAUUGAAUGCACUAGCUGUCAAGCAGGAGAAUCCCGAGUUCGACAGGUCUUCUUCCGCAGAGGAAGCCGCAGAGGACGAGCCUGGCCAAGACCAAGAGGCGAGCAACCUACGGGCAGAGGCCGAAAGGCGCUGCCGUGAGGAGCUGCAGGAGCGGCUGAAGGCGGAGGAGGAAGAGCUGAAACGGAGACAGACCUUGCCCGAAAGGACCCCAGUCGUGGUGCCCGCUCGCAUCCAGGUGCCUACGCUGCGCCUUAGCGACGUGGAGCGUCGGGCCCGAGCCGAGCUCCAGGCAAGGCUGAAGGCGGAGGAGCGCCAAAUUGCAGAAGAGAGGCUCCAGGCUCGCCCAGCUGUGCGGUGCGGUACGGUUAAAAGAAAUUCGGCGGUGGGUGCCAAUUGA